CAUUAAAAAAAAAAAAAUGUCUUCUCUCCCCAACAGAGAGAGAGAGAGAGAUUCCUUAUUGCACAACAACAAAUGGCUUGCAAGAGAUUCUCCAUAAUUCUCCACCCUGACUAAAACGACGUCGUCAUGAUCCAUCCCUUCGCCGUUUCUUCUUCCUCUCCGCCUCUCAACUUUACGUUAUUACACCCCACUCCUCGCGCCGCCAAUUUCCCCGCCGCCGCCUCGCCGCGCCGCCGCGACACCCUCCGAGUCGUCAAUGAGUCGACGUCGUCGUCGGCCGGCGCCGAGAGGUCGGAGGCGGACCGCAUGGUCGACGGGCUCGACUUCGGCGAACUCUGCGAUGAGUUCGAAUGUAUUAGUAGCCCUUUGGUCGAAUCGACGGCGAGGCAGCUCGUCCGCGACAUCCUUGAACUCCGUCAGGACAAUCGCGCCUUCGGUUGCUUCGCGCUUUCGGUUAAGUACAAGGAUCCGGUGCGAAGCUUCGAGGGAAGGGACAAGUAUAAGCGACGAUUGUGGGCGACGGAUGCGCUUGAAAAUCCAACAACAACCGUGCAACAAAUGGAGAUGCUAUCGACUAGUGUCCUAAACAUCAAGUGGACAUUGCGCGGAAAGCCGAAAUCCCCAUUUUUCAUAGCCGGAGGAGACGUGAUCGUCAAAGUGGAUUCGAUCUUCACAAUGAACCAAAUAAGCGGACAAGUGAUCGAGCACGAGGAAUCAUGGGACUUGUCCGAAUCAUCGAUGAUUGCACAAACAUAUUUUUGGAUGUCGAGGCGCAUUUUUGCCACGGUCGAGGGAGGAAAGGAUGCCUCAAAUUUCAUCAAGGACUUAACAAACCGUAUGGCUACGGAGAACAAGAACAUCGAAAGUUAUCCCGACCCGACCGGGGACCCGACAAAGUUUUUUCAGAGGGAUGACAACUUCCAAAGAGAUUUAUACCAAAUUGCACUGUUUAUUGCAAUAGUGUAUUUUGUUGUACAAUAUUUGCGGACAAUAUUGUAAAGCCUGUGAACAAUCAACGGCUAUACGUCAUUCAAGAAACUCAAAGUAAAAGGUAGAGAGUAUGAACACACACACACCCCGUUUGUAUAUCAUACAUACAAAUAUAUAUAUAUAUAUGGUUUUUUUUUUUU